AUGGAGGAAUUGUUGAAGCACAUCGACUUUGAGGCCGAAAUGAAGAAGGAUGGGCAAACCAUCAACGAGCUCUUCGCAAACGAAAUGGGUACCACUUAUAAGUAAGUUGAGUAGAAUAUAAUUUACAAAUGCUUAGUGAUUUUAACAUUUUCCCCGGUUACAUUGACUUUGCGGUUCAUGAGGUGUCCCUUUCCUCCAAAUUGACUAAGGGGAUCACUCUGAAGGUGCCUUUGGUCUCUUCGCCUAUGGAUACUGUAACAGAAUCCGAGAUGGCUAUCGGAAUGGCCCUGCAUGGUGGAAUUGGUAUUAUUCAUGGUAACUUUGCAAACAUUCAAGCUCAAGCUGCUGAGGUGUCCAAAGUGAAGAGAUAUAAACAAGGGUUCAUCACAAAUCCUGUGUGCAUCAAACCCACGGACACCGUCAGAGAUCUCAUGGGCAUCAAGGCCAAGUUUGGAUUCACGGGAACCCCGGUGACUGACAGUGGAGAAGUUGGAGGCAAAUUACUGGGUAUUCUUUAUCGUUUUUGUGGUUGUAACGUGCUUGUCCGUUAUUUCUUCUUUUGAGUAAUUUGGAACUUAUUUUAGGUCUUGUUACUUCAUUGGAUGUCGACUUUAUAAAGCCGUCAAAAUAUGACAGUAUUAGCAUUGGGGAUGUUAUGAUUCCAAGGGAGAAAUUGAUUAUUGGAAAUGAAAAUUUGACCCUUGAUCAGGCUUAUGAGAUCCUGGAAUCAGAAAAGAAGGGUAAGGUGCUUUAAAUUAAAAAAUUAUUCUCAGGUAAACUGCCAAUUGUGAAUGAAAAGGAUGAACUCGUUGCUCUUAUUGCCAGGACUGAUUUGAAGAAAGCCCGUGAUUUCCCCUUGAGUUCUUAUGAUUCCAAAGGCCAAUUGAUGGUUGGAGCAGCCAUUAACACCCGAGAAACCUCCAAGACUUAUGUUCAUGAACUCGUAAAAGCCGGUGUUGAUGUCCUUGUUAUUGAUUCUUCGAACGGUGCGAGCAGAUUCCAGGUCGAACUGCUUAAAUGGAUUAAGGCCACUUAUCCCGAAAGACCUCAGGUGAUUGCGGGGAAUGUUGUGACGAUGCUGCAAGCCAAGAUCCUCAUCGAUGCCGGCGCUGACGCUCUGAGGAUUGGAAUGGGAAGUGGAUCCAUCUGUAUCACACAAGAGGGUAUGUGUUUCGUUCAACUUAUGUUACACAUUACUGUUCAGUUAUGGCGGUCGGUCGGGCUCAGGGAUCGGCUGUUUACCAGGUGGCCAAAUAUGCUCAUUCUCGGGGAGUUCCAGUUGUGGCCGACGGUGGAAUCAGAGAUGUGGGUUAUGUUACCAAGGCAUUGGCUCUGGGGGCAUCCACUGUGAUGAUGGGUGGACUGCUGGCUGGCACUAACGAAGCCCCCGGAGAGUAUUUCUGGGGUCCUUCGGGAGUCAGACUGAAGAAAUACCGGGGAAUGGGAUCUCUUGAUGCCAUGGAAGCCCACGCUUCUUCUCAAGAUCGUUACUUUACUUCUGAUGGAGAUGCUAUCAAGGUGGCCCAGGGUGUCUCGGCCACAAUGCGGGACAGAGGAUCCAUCCACAAGUUUGUUCCUUACAUUGUUAGAGGAGUUCAGCAUGGUUUCCAGGACAUUGGAGUGAAGAGUAUCUUUGAAUUGCAGUAAGUUUUUAGAGAAUUUUCUUUAUGUUGUCAUAGGGAGGGCGUCUAUUCAGGCCGCAUUCGAUUCGAGAGACGGACUGCCAGUGCCCAACAGGAAGGUGGAGUCCAUUCUCUGCAUUCCUAUGAACGCAAGCACUUCUGA